UCCCAUUUCCUGCGGGUCACGUGGCGGGGGCCCCGGCGUUGCCUUGGCAGCGCGGCGGCGGCGGCUCCGCUCCGCUCCCGGGGCUCCGCGCCAAACGAGGCAGGAGCGUGUUUCCUGAUAACUCCCCCCCCCGUGCAGCUACGCGGCUGGGCAGUGCCACCAGAAUAAAAGCCCACGGAGGUGAAGGUGCUGUGAGGAGGUGAAGGUGCUGCGCGUGGAGCUGCUCUCCUCGGGUCUCGCCACCCGGCCCCUCCAUGCCCGCGGCCACCAAGAUGAUGCGGAGAUAGUGAGCCAGUCGGCAGCAGCGUGGGUAAGUUGUGGUGUGAGGAGGGGAUUGCUGGGACCUAGCGCUUGUUUCUGCUGCCAGCUGUGGCGUUAGCCACCUGAACAGCAUUGCUGGCCCUUUACUUAUCUCAGUGUAAUCUCUGGAAUCUGAAGACGCUCAUACCACUUGGAAAGCAGCCCACUUUUCUUCCUGGAGUUGCCUUUUCCUCUCCGUAUGCUGAGAGCUACCAGUGGAAGUAAGGGAAUAGGAUUCUAGGCCAGAUGUGGAUGAUAAGCGGAGUGUGAAUAGUUUUGGAAAUUGAACUUUCCACUGCAGGAGCUUGGGAGAAUCAAUUGUUAACCACGCACAGCGUUCAGGCCUAUGCCUAUUUCCUGUCUUGUGCCCGUGUGAACUGAGCAGUGGUUUAACGGGAAAACCUGAUUUCCAAAGAAAAAGCAAAAAGUGAGUCCCUGGACAGCUGGAGUUACCUUGGUACUCCAACAAGAUUCACUUGGAGAUGGUGCAUGAUGCAGUGGGAAACUAAAUUGUCAGAUUACAGCGAAAUGAUAAGAUGGGGAACCUGUUUCCAAAGUGUUAUGUAAAACAAAUUACCGAGGAGGAAUUAAAGGGGAAAGUUGAGAUGCCAGCUUUGAAAUAAAAAGUUGGGCGCUGUGCAACCUUCCUGACCCCCUGCUGGAGCAGUUCCCAAGCUUACUUGUGCAGUCUUGCCUGGUUCUCAUGGUCACUUUUAGCAUACAGAUGGUCAUUUUCCUGUGUGGCGCAUUGUAAGUGCGAUACAGUUUGCUCCAUCAUAUGUCUACUGACCGAGGAUAGCCGUGUUUAAACAGCUUUUGCAGUGGCUGAUGCUUGUCCUUUCUCUGCUGCCUCCUUUUGAACGUGACUUUUGUUUCCGCUCAGCACUUCUCUCAUGAUGAGUUCUGAAUUAAACGUUCCGGUGGACCCUUCCACUCCCGCUUGCUGCUCUGAACCUGGCACCAAAGGCAUGGAUUAUCGGGACUGGGUGCGCCGCAGCUACCUGGAGCUGGUGACAUCGAACCACCACUCCGUCCAGGCCCUGUCGUGGAGGAAGCUGUACCUGAGCCGAGCCAAGCUGAAAGCUUCCAGCAGAACCUCUGCGCUGCUCUCUGGAUUUGCGAUGGUUGCCAUGGUGGAGGUGCAGCUGGAGAUGCAGUACAAGUACCCCCAGAUGCUGCUGAUCGCCUUCAGUGCCUGCACGACGGUGCUCGUGGCAGUCCAUCUCUUCGCUCUUCUCAUCAGCACCUGCAUUCUGCCGAACGUGGAAGCAGUGAGCAACAUCCACAACCUGAACUCCAUCAGCGAAUCCCCCCACGAGCGCAUGCAUCCCUACAUCGAGCUGGCGUGGGGCUUCUCCACGGUUCUGGGAAUCCUCCUUUUCCUCGCAGAAGUGGUGCUUCUGUGCUGGAUAAAAUUUCUGCCUGUGGACUCCAUCCUGAAAAAUGAAACCACCACCAUCCAGAAGCCCAGCGGCCACGCGGGUUGGCAAGCAGCGCUGGUCUCCACCAUCAUCAUGGUCCCCGUGGGGCUGAUUUUUGUCGUCUUCACCAUUCACUUCUACCGCUCCUUGGUGCGGCACAAAACGGAGCGCCACAACCGGGAGAUCGAGGAGCUCCACAAACUGAAAGUGCAGUUAGACGGGCAUGACAGAGGCAUGCAGGUAGUGUGACAGAGGCUGAGAGCAAAAUUCCCGUUCUGCUAGUUGGUGGGACACACCAGCGAUGGAUUGUCCUGAGGCUUAAAUAUGUAAAUGCUAAUUGCCUGCCGUAUUUAGCUGUGGGUUCUAGUGCUGUUUCAGAUGCUGGGGUCUCUGGUCCUACACACUUCUGUACUUAAGUAGACACUGCCGUGGAGUUCGAGGUCAAGUCUUGAUCUACAUUGGUACAAGUAGCCAAAAAUCUGCUCUUUUUUUUCUUUUUUUUUUUUUUAACAAAUGCAACAUUCAGUUGUCAAAAGUAAAACUGCAUCAGCUGUCCAAAAAGGCUGUGUGUGUGUGGAACCUGUCUUACGUGUCAGAACUCCCUGGCUGUCAGUGCAGCAGCAAUUAAUUGGCAGUUUAUUUCUAGAGCUGUGCUGGUUAACGAGGGUAUCUGCUUCCAACCUGAGGACCUCCAGGAAAGCACAAUAGAAACCGAGUGUUCAUCACCUCAGUUCUAAAGCAAGCGUUCCAUAAGUACGUAACCAGGAAGAAACCAGCCUUAGCUUUUAUGUUCUGUUCUUGCUAUUCCUUACUAUAUUUUUAUGUCUGGGGAGGUCGAAUCCCUAAUUGCAGGGGACUGAGGAGUUCUGUUGUAAUUUCUUCAGCAGCGUCUGUCACUCUAGAUUGAAUGGAUGCCAAGAUCAUGUGCUUUUUUUUCCAGUAAGAAACAAGAGUACCCAGGGAAGGCUUACAGGUGUUUUAGUUCUAACAAGGACGUUCUUAAAACAGAACAGUGACAGGGAAUUUAAUGAGACAAAAUUUUGAAGGACUAGAAAAGCAAGUUUCAAGGAGGUAAAGAGUGACAGCGGGCUGUAGAAAUCUGUCCCUGUGUUGUCUUCAGUUAUGUACUGUUGCAAUGUCUUUCUCCUGGCUUGCUGUAGAGAACAAGCCCCAGUCCUGCAUUUUUCAUCAGUGUUUGUCAGCAGUACGUUCACCUGUCCAAACGGAAUGCCUUCUUCUCCCUCCACCAAAGCAGGCAGCUCCUCUGGGGGAACCUGGAGCUGCACAGGCGAGUCUGGAGCUGGAUCCGGCAGGAGAUCUGUGUGCCAUUGAAGAGCUAUCACGUUUCACUUGAGCUGACUCCUUUUCAGCAGCAGAAAAAAAGACACUUGCACGUCUGCUUUGCUUAGCAGGGGAAGCUUGUGAAUACUAUAGCAUCCUUUUGGGGGAAAACUUCUGUAAAACUUGUUCUAUGAUUUGUGGUAACCUUGUGGAGAGAAGUGCUUUGCAAUCAUCAGCUCUUUGAAGGGCAAGUAAGGCUUUCUGGUACAGGGCUGCAAGAAGCAUAAGCGCAUUUUCUUAGCCCUGAUCCUUUGCCGAUUUCCUGCUCUGCACUCAAACAUUGCAGUUAGGCUCCCAGGCUGUAUAGGUUUCUGAAAUUGUUACGGAUGUUUGUAAUGUUCUAUUUAUCUAUGGUCCCUUAUUCCACUGGGAUUUGAGAAAUCUGAUGGCAGCAUAUUACAUGUCAGCUGCCCAGAGUGGAGAGUACACACAAAUCCCAGUGAGACUAUCCCUGUAUUUCUCUCUGACGAGGGCCUUGGGAACCCAACUCCAAUUUCUCUUGUUUACAUGCAAGUUUGAGCAUUGCUGAACGAGUUGCUUAGCACUGUGUCUGUGCCUUUCAUCUGUUGUUCUUGCCGCAGUUGGCAUGUACCAUAUUGGCUGAUGUGCAGCAAAGAAAAUAGUUUGUGUGUGUGAAAUGACUAGCCUGUACUUAUGCACAUAUGCAAAAAAUGAGGAGUGUCCUCCAGGAAGUGGGUGGUCAUGAAAUUCAUACCAUCUCCCCAGGAGCCUGCCCUCUCUUCCUCCUCUUCUUACCAAAAUAAAAAAUUAAAGGUUUACGGAACAAAA